GCUAGCGGAUCACUCCCUGUCAACUUACUUUGGACUUUAACUGGGUAUCACCAGAGAAAAAUAACCUAGGAAAAAUCUGCCGCGACAAACAUGAAUAGGGUUCUUCUCGGUAUCUUUACAGUAGCACUGUAUUUCGCAGUGGCUCAGAGUCUGCAAUGCUAUGAAUGUGCCCUGGGGCUUUGGAAUAUUUGUAUCACCUCCACCAUAACAUGCCAAACUGGUCAACAAUGCUACAGUGGAGUGGGCAAAGCAGCUGGAUUCUUUCAACUGUCAAUGAAGGGCUGUUUACAAGCAAUUGACUGCAACCAGACAAGUGAUGUGACAUUCCCUGCUGGCAGCAACAGUACCAUCUACAAGAUGACCAAGACAUGCUGUUCUACUGACCUGUGUAACACUGCCCCCAGCCUGCCUCAUCUGCACACACUCUCCCUGCUCCUGUUCUCUCUUAUGUCAGUGUUUAUCGCUAAGGUCAUGGUGUGAGGAUGACACACAUACGCAUAAACACACACACACACACUGGCAGGCUGUAACAGUGCAUUAGGAAUAUUAGGAAGCCUUCUGCUUUCUCUGAAAGGUUACUUGUGUUCAUAUGUUUUAUACACACAAACACUGCACCUCACAAAUACACACACAGCCCUUUUUGCAUAUAGCCAUGUAAUGUCAUAUUUACUUUAAUCCAAUACUGUUCUUUCAUAACUUUAGACAUACUCCUUCACGGACAUACUGACUUGAUGGGGUUUGUUUUUGUUUUUUUUUUUGUUUUUUUGGCUGUAAGAAAACGAAUGUACUUAAUGUAAAUGCAAAUGUAAAAUUGGCUCCAAACAAUGCUUUGCCAUUGUACAAUCACACUAUAUUUUAUUGGUCAUUAGGUUGACUCUUCUUUAAUUUAAAAGCAAGAUAAAUAAAACAAUUUGGGGUUCCAUUGCUCCCCCUUCCAAAGUACUGACAUUUAUACAAUGUAAGCUCUCCUCUACCUUCUUUUCCUAUUUGAUCAAUUUAUGCUAAUGAACAAUCAGUAUGAAGCAUAUUGCUGUCAGAAGGGUGCUCCUAUACUACCUUCUUUGCAUUGGUAAAAUAGCUGAAGUUAUUGAUAAUCUUUAGGAACCUUCUGUUCAAAUAAGAACCAAGAUGUUUUCCAAAUGCUGUCAUCAAUGUGUCAUCACUUGCAAAAUAAUGAAAAAAAAAAAAAAAACUAUUAGUUCAGACACCUAGAAACCUACUUGCAACUAUGUAUUUCUAAACUGUUCCAACCAGAUUGUCUUGUAAGUUGUCUAUUUUUGAAAACCUGUGUUUUCAAACACAAUUACCUGUGUUUCAGCCAUUUGAAUUAUUCAUUUAGAGGCCAAAGCUUUGUUGAAACAGAAAUGUAGUGUCACUGAUUUGUUUAAUUUUUCAAAUUGAUUCUUUUGUGAACUGGAAACAUUUCAGUACAUUGUUUCAUGCAUAAUAUAUAAUAAAUGUGUGGAGUUUUUAGUGGGAAAAAGAACAAGGAAAUGCUUGAAAUGAUGUUGGCUGUGUACUUCCAACAGACAGAUCAGCUGAUCAGGGUUUAUGAUUUAUUUUGAGUCACAUGUUCUUCUGUAGUUAAGGUCACAUAAACACAGGGACAUAUCACUGAAAACAGUAUAUUUGUGUUGUGGACAGAGAGUGAGGCCUGUCCCACUGGGUGCCAGAGCGCAGUACUUCAGCAUUGCUCAAGUCAGCUCAUCAGUUAAUUACAUGAGCUAAAGUUAAUGUAUUGGGACUGAAAAAAGCACUAUGCUGUGCAGUGCUAUGGCUCUACAGGGCCUGGGUCCAUAUUCACCUGGGUCCAUAUUUCUGCACCUCCCUCUAACCACAUCAUAAUGUAACAUGAAACAAUUAAGAGAAAUUCCAAUUACCAAAUCUGGUGAAAAUUAUAAUGUAAUGAAUAUACUGAAAGAACCAAAUAAAGUGGACUUGCCACAUGUGUUGCCA